AUGGAGGUUCAAGGUUUAAGCACUCUUGAAGUUUCUUUAUACGCUCACAUAUAUGAUAAGCAUGUUGAAUUUAAAAAUUUAGAUAAUACAACAGACCUUACCAUAGACAAAUACAAAUUUUAUGAAGGUCAUGUAGUUGUCGAAUUUAAAGAUCAUAGACAGAAUCCAUCAUGUGAUGGAAAGAGGCAACUAUUAAGAAAAAACGAUGAUUCACUUUGGAACGACGUAUUAAGGUUAAACCAGUCUACUGGUUCCAGCUGGACUUACGAACAAGCCAUACAAAUAGAAGCGAAAUUACUAGGUUUGUUACAUCCAAAUUUGGAUUUGAAUCCCAACUCUAUUCCGGAGUGGAUAAUUCCAGCCGAUCCAGCCAAAUCAUCCGAAUCUAAUACAAUGCCUACUCAUCGAAAGUUGAAGAAAAGAAAGAGAAAGCCUAAUUCUUCCGAGAAAGAAGAGGAGAAAGCCAAACGAACGAAGAAUGAAAAAAUGAUGUUUAUGAUGGAUGAGAGACAUAAUAAAGAGUUCAAGCCAGAAUUCCGAUUGGCGAAAUAUUUUAAUCAAAAAAUUUCAACAAAUGAUGAAGCACCUCUUCCCCCAAUUAUUGACAAGGGGAAAAAGAAGAUUGAUGCUGAUGAAAUUAAACGAUUGGAAGCCAAGAAAUCACUUGGCAAAAGAACUAGAUCAGUAAGAUUUGAACGAGAUUGUUUGUCCAUUACAGCAGAAGGGCAAAAAUCUGUGGAUAAAUUCUAUAAAGUUCAAACAUUAAUUAAUGUGUAUUGUGAUAGAAAGAAAUAUACAGUCAUAGUUCAUACUCUUGAUGAAAGAGAAUUAAAAGCGACUGGAGAGUUCUCGAAAUUCGUUCGAAUGGUAGAUGGAGCACGAUAUUAUAUAAAAUUAGAUGAUACAAAGGCCUUCCUUAAGUACGAAUUCCAUACGAAAAAUGAAUAUUUAAGUUUUAUUGAAGCAUUCAUAAUUUUAUAUGGUAUGGACAAUAAGAUCAAACAUGAUUCCGAAAAGAUAUCUCUUUCAACAGCUCAGGAAUUAGCGGAGGAUUAUUCUAAAAAGCAAUUUGUAUUGGAGAUAGUUAAAGCUAAACAACCACAUCAAAUUGUUGAAUUUUUGGCACAAAAACCACCUUCCGAAGUGGUUCAAUCUCCAUUUGAAUUCAAGUUCAAUAAUCAAAAUAUAAAGAUUCAAUCAAUUCCAGAUCUUGUUACAGCAACUUCGAUUAAAGAAUCCCAACAAUCUGAAAUUUUAGUUGUUGAUAAUGAUAGAAUUGCAAUGCCACCACCAUCCCUUCCUCAACAUAAGAGAAACUUAAUUAAUAAUCAACAAAUUUCAUCACAAAUUCAAUCUUCAUUAUUUUCUGAAUCAACCCAAACUUCAACACAAUCAAAUAAUUAUCAAUCUCUAUUAUCUUUCCAACAAAAUCAUCAAUCUUCUUUAUAUUUCCAAAUUCCAGUACAAUUAAAUAAUAAUCAUCAAUCUCCUUUACAAACUCCAGAACAAUUAUCUUUCCAAACUCUAAUACAAUCAAAUAAUCAUCAAUCCCCUUUACAGACUCCAAUAAAAUCAAAUAGUUACCAAUCUUUUUUAUCUUCACAAAUUCCAGUCCAAAGACAUCAAUCCCCUUCAUAUUUACAAACUCCAGUACAAUAUAAUAAUAAUCAAUAUCCUUUAUCUUUCCAAAUUCCAGCACAAUCAAAUAAUCAUCAAUCCUUUCCAUCUUCACAAACUGUACAACCUAAUAGUCAUCAAUCACUCUCAUCAUCAUUUCAAACUCAAUCUCCCUUAUCUUUCCAAACUCCAGUAAUAAGACCUCCUUUAUCAUUCGAAACUCUGGUACAAUCUAAUAACCAUCAAUCACCUUCAUCAUUUCAAACUUCGACUCCGAUACAAUCUAAUAGUCAACAACUAUCUUUAUCAUCACAAACUCCAAUACAAUCAAAUAGUUAUCAACCAACUUUAUCUCAACAACAAAUAAUAAUACAAUAUCCAAUCAAUUCAAAUUAUUCCUCCAACCAAAUAGCUACAGCAGUAAAAGACUAUCAAUAUAUUCAACAGCCAUCACCUCAUAACAGAAUAUUAAAUCAUCAACCCAACCUGAAUAAUCAGAAUUCAAAUAUCUCAACACAGACCGAUAAUUAUGUCUUAAAUUAUAAUAAUGAUAAUAAUUCACUAUUUGUCAAUCAAGAUCGAUAUUCUUUCAUGUAG